CACCAAGUCAGGAACUUUUAUUAUUUAAAGACUUUGCCUUUUUACUCUCCUCCGUGUCGCGUCUCGAGCGAGGUCGAAAGGGAGCCGAAGUGUAUCAUGUUCGAGCGACGGUCGCCGCGAACGUCCGAGAGGAACUAGUAAAUAAUAUCCAGUGUCAUCGUGUGAAACUCAAGCCUAGCCGAUGCCACGUAUUUCAGCCUGUUGUGUUGACUGACGCAGGGAACCGCUCGCAGUGUUGUGUAAUGCCCUGCCGCGCCACCAUUUCUCUACCUGAAGCUGCAGUGAAACAGAUUUAAAAAAAAAAAAGACAAUUUUUAGAAUGCUGAUCUGAGACGCUGUCUAAAGCUGUGAUAAGAGAUUGUCUCCGAUCUAAUACUGUUUCAUUGGAGGAUAUUUUUUAUGCUUUCAGUGAAAAUUCGUGGUUGAUGGCACCUCAAGUAUGUAGAGUGAGUGACGUGUAUCUAAUUACUGUGCUGAAAACUACGGGAACUCUUGCUGUGUUCUAGAAUUCUAAUUUUAUUCUACAUUAAACGUCUCGUGUUGUGUCUCAGCAUGGGCUACUGUAUACCUAAUAUUUAGGCCUAAAUUUCCGAGUUAGUUUUUAGCUAAAACGAUAGCUAUUUUUAUGUCGUUACUAAAUUGAUACCUCACUAAGCUAUAGUUCUCAAGUUAAUAAAUUUAGUAUUUUAAAGUCUAUUUUGUAAGUAAAAAUUCUUUGAAUUUUGUACGCGCCGUUUUAAAACUGAACUGACGAUGGAUUUAAAUCAGGUAGGACUGGCCGACACGGAUGGCUUCAUCUCUAGCCCAGACUGCUUGACCUCGCAUGACCGGUCAGCCAGCGUGUCCAGCCUUACCCUGCUGUCCCCGCCCUUAACUUCGGGUAUUCCCAGCUCUAUAAACAGCGACGGCAACAGGCCGGGGCUGAGCAGCCCGGGGGAGAAGCCCAAGAGCACAAACAACAACAACAGCCCCGACCUGAAGCCCGACUCCCCCCAGAGGUCUGAGUUCCUACUCAACAAGAACCUGGCCUUCUCCCCCGAGCAGGUGGCCUGUGUCUGUGAGGCCCUGCAGCAGAAGAACGACAUUGACCGUCUGGCCAGAUUUCUCUGGUCACUGCCGCCCAACGAACUCCUGCGGGGCAGCGAGGCCGUACUCAAGGCCCGGGCCAUGGUGGCCUUCCACCGAGGGAGCUACCGGGAGCUGUACGCCAUCCUCGAGAGCCACACCUUCGACAGCUCCAACCACGCCUUCCUGCAACAGCUCUGGUACAAGUCCCACUACAUGGAGGCCCAGAAGAUCCGCGGCCGACCCCUGGGGGCGGUGGACAAGUACCGACUCAGACGGAAGUACCCCCUGCCCAAAACCAUCUGGGACGGGGAGGAGACCAUCUACUGCUUCAAGGAGAAAUCCCGGCAGGCGUUAAAGGAUUGUUACAAACAGAACCGGUACCCGACGCCGGACGAGAAACGGAACCUGGCCAAAAAAACCGGCUUGACCCUGACCCAGGUCAGCAACUGGUUUAAAAAUAGACGGCAGCGAGACAGGACCCCCCACACGGUGCCACACCUACAGGAUGCCUUCUGCCGAGACAUGAGCGAAGAGAGCAUGAAGCAAGCCAUGCAGCAGAUGUGUGGCAUGGGCGGCCCCCACCAGGGCGGCAUGAUUCACGGCCACCACAUGGACUACGGGCGCGACUUCAACAUGCAGAGCAAGAUGAUCGAGGACAUGCGCCAGAGCAUGCCCCUGGUCAAGAGCGAGGGCGCGCCCUUCUCGCCCCACUUCCUGUGCUCGCCCCAGGCCAUUGAGCGGCACCACCACCCGCACCACAACCACAACCUCCACCACCACCACCACCCCGCCGUCCCGCCCGUUUGACAGUGGGGUGGUCUCCCCGCCGAGGGAGACAGGGCAAGCGCCAGCCCACGGGCGAUCCUCUCGCCCAACUUUAUAGACCCGGGGAACAGCAGCAGCCGAGACAGCAGCCAGAGCUGCAUCGGCGGCAACAGCAACAACAACAACAACAACAGCGGAAACAACAACAACAUCAACAGCAGCGGCAGCAACGGCAUCAUUCCAGAGUUUAACGCAUGCGGCGAGAUGGGUCUUGGCAUCACCCCGGCCCUGACGUCCAUGCUGCACCACUUUCACCAGCCCCAGCCGGCUCACCUUAGUCACCAGAACGUGGGGCUCCCCCACCUGCACCAACCACACGCGCACAUGGGCCACCACCACCAGCACCAGCAGCAACAACAGCAGCCGCAGCACCACCACCAGUCCCACCUCUCCCACCUCCAACACCCGCUGACCCCCGCGCCCACGCACCUCUGGACCUGACCAAAACUUGCUAUUUAUAUCGCUACCAAAGUCACCCGUGCAAACUAUCCCGUUUCCAUGGAAACGGAGCAAAUAUUUAUAUUAGAUAGCUUCAUAGCUCUACAAGUCUGUGUUAAAUUUCCGUGUACUGUAAAUACUUCAACCAUCUAAGUCUAGCACUUGAAAUUAUUUGUGCGUGUACAUAGUCACAUCGCUGUAGUGCAGUAAGCCAUUAGUUAAGCUAUACAUUGCAUGUUCAAGUAUAAAUCACAACACUACCACCCAUGUCAAAACUGGAUGAUUCGUGUGUAUGCAUCGCGGUAAGAAAAGUGUUUUCACACUAUGAAAGGACACAGACCACAAACUCGAAGUGUCGAACAACCUUCCAGUUUCUUUGAUUGAUCACGGUGAAAGUUGAAAAAAGUCAUGAGCAUUUCAUUAAGCCAUAGGCUAGAUUUUAAGUCAUUGGCUAAUUUUUAAGCUAUCGACUAGAGUAUUAAUUAGCUAUUUGUUAAAUCGCAAGAAAAUUAUAAAGUCAUUUGCUAGCUAUUAAGCCAUUAGCUUGUGUGAAAGCUGUAAUGAGUUAACUACAAUCAUUUUCCCAAGAAUUAUUGUGAUUUUUUAAAAACACAAAAUUUUCUAGGCUAUGUAAAGUAAUCGUUACUAGAUGCAAAGAUAACCAAUAGACAAGAGUGUUAUUCCAUGUGUUGUGGGCUUCAUAUGUAGUGGUCUAACUAGUCGACCAUUGGGGACAUUUGUCGAGAUGAGAGACAUGGGAAAAUGUCUUUUUGCCAAAACUAAAUGGUCCAAGCUUUAAUAGUUCUUCCUACUGUUUGUUUACCUGGCUCUAGUUUACUUCAUCCGUCUGGGUAAUUGUUUCUAUAAUCCAAUAUCAUGUCAAUCCUGGCUUUAUGUUUUUCCUAGAUUAGCGUUCAUCUUUUGAAAAGUAAAUUGUUAAGUUAUUCGUGGCACAUUGUUUUUCAAGUUGUGUACAUUUUAAACUGUUAUGUCUUUCUUAGAUCCUCAUACAACUGGCAAGGUUUUCCUAGACUAACUUCUCUUCUUACACCUCAUUCAACGUUUUGCUACCUUUCCAUGCAACUUCACUUC